UGCGGACACGCAGCCUAUUUGUGUAAGGCCACCCUCAAUCAAAUCUCUCGUCAUCAGUAUAGACCCGAACAUGGUCAUAUCCCGUAGGAAACCAUGCAUUUAAAUAGGCCAUUAGAUUCUUGUCCUCUUCCCAAAGGUCGAAGAUUCCACCAUGUCGAAAGUGCCUACUGAAAACAGGCACCGUUUUGGUCCAAAUGACGAAACAACACCACUUCUUCCUAACGUAGAAACUGGUCCGAUAUUGGAAUCGGAGGAACGAGAGAUAACAAAGCCAGUCUUGGAAGACAGUCGAAUUGAAGAUGAUACACCCCUGCCUCGCAGACAGAUCUUUCUAUUGUGCUAUGCGCGUCUCGUGGAACCAGUAGCUUUCUUCGUCGUAUUUCCCUACAUCAACCGUAUGAUCGAGAAUGUCGGUGGAAUCAAGCCCGAAGAUGUGGGCUUCUACUCUGGACUGAUCGAAAGUCUCUUCAGUGCGACUGAGAUGUGCGUCAUGAUAUUUUGGGGCAAGGCAUCUGAUAAAUGGGGGAGGAAACCGGUUCUAGUCACUUCUUUGCUGGGGAUCACGGUAUCUACCGCUUUGUUUGGGUUGAGCAAAUCGAUCUGGCAUAUGAUACUUGCACGAUGUCUCGCUGGAGUUUUCGCGGGUACCAUUGUUACAAUCCGUUCAAUGUUGAGUGAGAACAGUACGAAGAGCACGCAAGCAGUGGCGUUCAGUUACUUUGCCUUUGCAGGAAAUCUGGGUAUCUUCAUUGCAACAUUCCUGGGUGGUGCACUUGAAAGGCCGGCUGAGAAGUUCCCGUCAACAUUCGGAAAGAUUCGAUUCUUCCACGAUUACCCUUAUGCUCUACCAAGUAUCAUCACUUCAUUAUUCGCACUAUCUACGGCCGUUACGACUAUUCUAUUUGUCAAAGAAACACUCCCAGCCCGUAAGGACGAUGACGAGCCCGACACUCCACCCAUGACGGCAUGGGAAAUGCUCAAGCACCCCGGAGUUACCCAAGUAAUCGUCAUAUACAACUACGUAAUGCUUCUAGGAAUCAUCAUGACCACCAUCCUCCCAGUGUACUUGUACACUCCUAUCCGACUCGGCGGCAUCGGAUUCCAACCAGCGCUUAUCGCUGUGACAAUGUGUCUCGUGGGCAUCUUCCAAGCGGUGUGGAUGUUAGUAGGUUAUCCAAUCUUGCACAAGCGUGUCGGUACAGGGUCAAUACUGCGAAUAACUGCUUGGAUCUGGCCGCUCUUCUUCGCCAUCUACCCUUGCUUCAAUAUCCUUCUGCGAAAUCAUCUCAACGUCCUCUUCUGGGUUCUCGGAGGACCAGUCACGUUCCUAGGUUGUGGUGUCGGUAUGAUCUUUACCGCCGUUCAAAUCGCUAUCAACGACAUCUCUCCAUCUCCAGAGACGUUCGGAACACUCAACGCCAUCGUCCUCGCCAUCACGAGCGGACUGAGAGCCUUUAUGCCCGCGGUUACGACCAGUGUGUAUGCCGCGGGCGUAAAGUACCAUAUUUUAGGCGGACAUCUGUUUUGGCUGCUUGUUGCAGUGUUGUCGCUGGGACUUGUGGCGUUGGUGAGAAUUCUUCCUGAGAAGGCUGAGGGGAGACCUGAGCGGGAUGGCGAGAGGAGAAGAACUGGUGAUGCUCAGGAGAUAUGAGUUUGAGGAUAUCUAUUCACUUCGCAUAUGACUGGAGGCUAGACAAUGUCAGUCGUGUCGUAGAACUUACCUAUAGGAAUCACUACUAUUGGUGUUCGAGCAUCAUAGAGGAAUGCUUGCCUUCGGCUUCUUUGAUAGAUUCCAAAACAAAUGUCAAUAGAUACCAUACUCAAUGCCACAAUAAUAGGAUGAAACUAC